AGAGCUCAGGCUGAGCACUGAGGGAAGCAGCGAAUAGAAAAAAACUGGGCUCUUCUGAUUCACUACAAAGCAUCGGCUCUCAGAGCCGCAUCUUUUGCGCAGGACACAACACUAGGAAGAAGACGCGCCGUCGUCCCGUGUCGCUGCAGACGGCAGGAAGAGGCCCGCCCGGCACCGCAGUCCCGAGGUCAGCUCCGCAGGUGGCAGAAGCCUUUAGCUGCUGAACCGGAUCAGUCACCAUGACAACCAAGCGUGGACUCAUAACUGAUUCAUUCAAGGUGGUGAAGAAAGCAAGGAGGGGGGGGGGACGAGCGAAGAGGCCUCCUCCUCCACAGACAGAGGCUGAAAGUGAAACGGUCCAAGAGGAGGGGCUGCAGAAGCUCAGAGCGUUUGAUCUGGACUGGAGAUUUGGGCCCUGCACCGGUAUCAGCAGGCUGCAGAGAUGGGAGAGAGCAGAACUUCAUGGUCUGAACCCACCUGAGGAGAUCAGAGACCUGCUGCUGCAAACACACACUGACUCCCAGUACAACUUGAGCCUGUGGAGCGAAUAUCCUUUCUGAGGAAGACAUCGGAAGGAAGACAGAAGAACGCAGACUUCAUGUAUAUCACCCCGAAUCACAAAUGUGUCUCAGAGGGAUCUGCCUUCUAUCCUUAAACCCCGAAACCUUAACAGGGAAAAAGAUUUAAACCUCAAGAAGAGCAACAGAGGAGGGAUCCCUCUGAAAUGACCGAACGUCAAGUCGCAUGUGUUUUUAUUAACAUUUUUAAUUAAAGAUUCUACCAAAACAC